AUGGACAAAAGAUUCGCUGUGACAACAACGGAGGCUAUGAUGCUACCAGAUUAUUAUCAACUUCCCGCUGAAUGCGAGUCAGAAACAUCUGCUCUCGAUGCCUCUGUGAACUGCACAAAUUGCAUGACCUGUUCAUGCGAAAACAUGAAACACGUCAAAUAUGUCAGUGUUCACAUGAUGCAAAAAAACAAAAAAACAAAACAUGAAACACGUCAAAUAUGUCAGUGUUCACAUGAUGCACUCCAAAGUUUGAGGAAAGAAGUGUCAAAUGUAAUGCCCAUACACACUCCGUUCACAGAAAUCUUCAGUGAAACCAGAGAAAUCUAUGCGCUCUUCAAGGAAGGAGAGAUUGCUAUCCUUCCUUGGAGAGAUCAUAGAUUCAAUUUGCUUAUUGGCGGCACGGAGUACAUAAUCAAUCAAACAUGUGAGAUCUCGGUUCGUGUGGUCAAAGCACUCUUUGCUAUCUUCGCUACAGCUGUAGCGAAGGCGCAAGAAUUGAUUUCCUUUGCAAGUCAUCAAUAA